CGAAACAACAAUCGUAAAACAAAAGCGUCGAGAUCUUUUCCCCCAAAUUCAAAUAAAACCCUAAUCCUCUGUUUCGGGAAUUCGAUCUGAAUCGAUUUCAACAUGGGCAACACAGACAAGCUGAUGAAUCAGAUAUUCGAUCUCAAGUUCACGUCGAAGUCUCUGCAGAGGCAGUCAAGGAAGUGCGAGAAGGAAGAGAAGGCGGAGAAACUCAAGGUGAAGAAGGCGAUCGAGAAGGGGAACAUGGAUGGUGCUCGGAUCUACGCCGAGAACGCCAUUCGCAAACGCAGCGAGCAGAUGAACUACCUCCGCCUCGCUUCUCGCCUCGACGCCGUUGUUGCCCGCUUAGACACUCAGGCCAAGAUGGCCACCAUCACCAAAUCCAUGACUAACAUCGUCAAGUCCCUCGAGUCUUCCCUCGCCACAGGCAAUCUACAGAAGAUGUCAGAGACGAUGGAUUCAUUUGAGAAGCAGUUUGUGAAUAUGGAGGUCCAAGCUGAGUUCAUGGAGAACGCCAUGGCUGGUUCUACAUCCUUGUCCACUCCAGAAGGCGACGUCAACAACCUGAUGCAGCAGGUAGCAGAUGAUUACGGUCUUGAAGUCUCUGUUGGACUGCCUCAGGCUGCUGGCCAUGCCAUUCCUACUGCAACAGAGGAGAAAGUUGAUGAGGAUGAUUUGUCCAGGAGGCUUGCAGAGCUCAAGGCCAGAGGUUGAACCAUGCUUGGACUAUCUGCCACUUAGGACGAGUUCCUUAUCGAAAUAUUACAGCUAUUAUCUGCGAACAUUGACGCAUUUGUGUAUAUUGCUCACUUUGAGACAUGCUUUGUUUACUAACUUUAUAUAAAACCUUCGUGUGUGCUUUGUUUUUAUCAUUUCAAUGAUAUGAGUUUGUGCAACAAAAAAGUAACAUCCUUAUUCGCA